AUGAAGUCGAUCCUUGCUAUCCCCCUCCUCGCCGCUCUCUCGGUCCUCGCGAAAGAUGUCCACGAUAGACCUGCAAAGAGACAUCAUCACGAGCUCGCUGCUCGCAACAACCAGAACAGCACCCGCAGGGAUGAAACACAAAAUCUAGGAAAGCGAGACUUUUCAGGUGUCGCUACCUGGUACGACGUCACCACCGGACAAGGAUAUUGUGGCGGUUAUAGAAGCCCGGGUGACUAUGUCGUCGCGCUCAAUGCGCCUCAAAUGGAGUCGCAGUCCGUGCGCUGUGGAGACACCAUUACCAUCUCCGCAAACGGUCGUUCAGCUGUUGCAACUGUCUGGGAUGAAUGCCCACCAUGCGCUUGGGGAUCUCUCGACUUGAGCGCCGGUCUAUUCCAAGUCUUUGGCGACCUCGGCCAAGGUGUGAUCCCUAUCAGCUGGUACGUCGGUGCUGGAGGUCCACCCCAGCCACCACCACAACCUACGAGCACCUAUGUCUGGACACCCGAUCCGACAACAUCCCAACCACCCCCGACGUCGUCUUCCCCACCUCCUUCCUCGUCCUCGACACCAAGCUCGUCGAGCUCGAGCAGCCCCACGUCUUCUUCCACCCCAGACAAUACCGUGCAAGAGGUCCCAUCCUCCACUACGAGCACUCCACCGGAGAACCUCAAUAAUGCCAACAAUGCUAUCCUCCAGCUCGCCGAAAUCUUGCGUUUGGCUCGUAAUGGCGCUGCAUAA